AUGUCCUUGCUCUUGCCUAUGGCAGAGGCUGAAGGUGACUUCGACGUCUACCUCAUGGAGAAUGGAGUUAUGCCUGUUCUUCUUCAAGGCCUUGAUGCUCUGAGCAGGCACGUGGACAAGCUGGCCACUGGUGGCGAGGGCUCGGGCUCCUCGCGGCAGAAGUUCAACCCACUGACCUGGUUGGCUCAGUACCUGCUGCGCAACCACCCGCUGCAUACAUCGGAUCAUCGCGACAGCAUGUACCAGCACCUGCAGGAGCUUGCGGCAGUGGAGCGCGGCCGGCGGAACUUGCUCCGGAGAAUGCCGGAAUUCGAGUCCGCGUGGAUGCUCUUCACCGAGGGCCAUGGGCUAUCUACCGCACAGAUUGAGCAGGUCUUGCAGCAACUGGACACCACGUGGAACUUGGAGGGCGAGUUCGUGAGGUGCCUCCCUUCCAACUUCGUGGCACGAAUUCCUUGCGUGGAUCCAGAGAAGGUGACCUUCAACGAGUUUUGGACCUUCUUUGAGGAGACAGUGUCCACUCAGGAUCUGCUGCGGGUUUCAGCCUUUGAUGAAGCGGCCAUAAGACGGCAGCAGGCGGAGCAGGAGGCACUCGAAGCCUUGGAGAGGCAGCGUCAGCGGGAAGCGAAUCUGGCCGAAGAGCAAAGGCAGCAACGACUGCUACAGGCCAAAUUCGAGACUGUCUGUGCUGAUGCCUAUUUGAACCCAGAGCUCAGCCAAAUCAUGAUCAAGGGUGCUGUGCUGGCCUAUCCCAUGGAUCUCAAGGGAGAACACAUCAUCCUGAUCCUUCAGCUGCUACGAGCCUGGGGCCACUCAUUGGUGGAUGACGAGGGCAACCACGUGGAGCAGGACGAGUGGGAUGAACGAACAAAGGAGCUUUGGAUCGAGUGGCGAAAAGCUCAUGGGCCACAGACCAGCUACCCUGGCGUGGUUGACGCCGACUCUCUAAAGGCCUUGAUGGACAAGGAAAGCUUUCAGGCAUUCAUUUCCUUGAACUCGCAUGCGAUGCUGGCUUUGAUGAGGCUCAUCAUCAUAUUGGGGAAGUGGACGCUGAGACCUGACUUGGUGGUGAGACAUCAUCAACUCAUCACUGGUGCACUCUUUAUUGCCGCCUUGAUCGUCUUGGCGAUCUUCCCCAGCUUCGACCGGAGGACAGAGAUUGAGGAGCACGGCCUGAUCGCAGGCUAUGCGGACAGCGGCUUCGGCAGUGAGUGGCAGGGAAGGCUACGAAAGUGUAUCGAGGAGAUCGAGGCCCAGAAGGAUCUUCAAACCGCCAUCGACACGUCCUUAAGAAAGGCGGGCUUGGAGGCCUACCACAUCAAUUACUCGACACCUUUGGGGUCGCGCUCUUUGACGUACACGUUGGCUGAAGCGCGACGCGCAGACUCCAGAGAGGCACUGGUCCUUGCAAUUGCUUCCAAUUGGUCGGCCACGAAAGCGCCGGCCAAAUUCUCAUGGGGUGUUGGCAUUGGCGUAACUUUGGCACGCUACUUGAGGACGGUUCACUGGCUCUCCCGCGAUGUUUUCGUGGUCUUCCUGGAUGCUGGCCUCGCCUAUGGGGCAUCCGCCCGGGCUUGGCUCCGUGCCUACCUGGGCGGCAUCUCGGAGCUCCGCCGCGGGGUGCUCCGCCAGGCUGUGGUCCUGCAGAUCAAGAACGGUGUCUCCUCUUUGCUGCUCGAUGUCGAAGGCAUUAAUGGGAUGGUCCCCAAUCAGGACUUGGUGAACAGCUACACCGUUUCCGCUCGUGCCACCGGGGUGUCCGGUCAGACGAGCUUGCAGAUUCAUCAUCGCGACGCCUGGGAUUCAGUACUUCACCACGCCAGGAAUGGAGGGGUGCACAGCAGUCAUGCACCUUUCCUUGAGCUUCAGGUUCCAGCCUUUAGUAUUCGUGGCGUGAACAAGAAGGGCGACCGAGGAGCCGUGAAUUUAGCCAGCCUCACGGUGUCCAUCGAGGGAUUGGUGAGGUGUAUGAGCAAUGCUUUGCAGCAGCUUCAUCACUCCUUCAACUUCUACUUCUUUACUGGCCCAUCCAGCCAUAUCUCGAACGGGUUCUACCUGUAUCCGGUCUUCGCGAUGCAGUUGCUUCUCAUCAGCUUCUUAGGGACGGCCGAUGCCUAUCGGGACAUCCGCUCGUUGCUGGUGGGUCUUGGAGCGGUCUUUGCCAUUAGCGCUGCUUCUGGCAGCACCAUGCUUCUGUUGGCCCUCAAGGACGACUUUGUGGCAAGCAGGCCGGGAUGGCCAGAACGCCUGGUUUGUGCCCGGCCUGGUUCGCAGGCAUUGGGUCGUCGAGAAAUAGCACAGACCUGGCUUGCAGCAGGCUUCGCCGUGGCGGCGGCUGCAGCUGUGGCACUCAGGCGCUACGCCUUUGCGGUCUACUCAGAGGAAGGUGCCAAACUGCACGGAGUUCAGCUGCCUUGUCCGCUGUGGGAAGCAGUUCGCGUGGCCAGUGGUUUUGCGCUGUUGGCAGUGUUGGCACCCGUAACUAUCUACUCUUGGUCGCUGGCGGUGCCCUUGACGAUCCUUUGUGUCCCUUCGCUGGUCCUGGUGAGGCCCAUGAACUUGCGGAAGAGACCCUUGAGAUCCUUAUGUCUUUUUGCAUUCUUGGCAGGCAAUGCCUUCCUCCUUCUUAUUCAUCCAGAUGUGCGCAGCGCCUGGCUGGGGCACUGGCCCCGUCAGCUGGGUGCCAAACUCUUGAGUUUCUACGAGACGAACAUGGUGUCCGCGUUUCCCGAGCAUGCGCAGAAGUUCUUGCCCUGGCAGUUGGUCCAGUGGCUUCAGCAGGGGCAACUGGCCGAAGCCUUGGCUUCCGACUGGCUGGUGGGCCUCUAUGAGGCUGCCAGAGACUACAAGUGUGUGGGUGGCAUGCUCUUUCCCGUUUUUUGCUUUGCCUACUGGCCAUUCUUGAUGCUGACUCUAUUGAUCGCAGGGGUGCUUCCUGCGCAGAAGGUGGAGGAUGAUGCUGUGUCCUUGUCCCAGUUGAGGCUCCAAAUCCUUUUGGUGAUCUCCCUGCUUAUGGCGGGCAUUGUGGGCGGCGUCGUUUGGAGGUCCUACUCCUCUCAUGGCUUGGGUGAGCUGCAGUGGUGA